AUGAUGAUGAUGAGGAUGGAAGAUAGAUGGCAAAACCUAUAUCCUGGUGUCAAUACUAAGAGUGAAGAGUUCACAUCAGAGGUUUUGGCUGCUAAUACCUCCUCCUUAAAGCUUCACUUCCAGGUCCAUGCAGAAGAUGGAAAUCAAACAUCCGUCACAAAAUUCAUCCUGCUAGGAUUUGGGGAUCUCCCUGAACUACAGAUUCUUCUUUUCAUGCUGUUCCUAGUGAUCUACUUCAUGACCAUGGCUGGGAACAUUCUCAUCAUUGUUCUAAUUGUGGCUGAUCAACACCUGCACACCCCCAUGUACUUCUUCCUGGGGAACCUGUCCUGCUUGGAGAUCUGCUACACCUCCACCAUCCUGCCCAGGAUGCUGGCCAGUCUCCUGACAGGGGACAGAACCAUUUCUGUUAGUGGCUGCAUCAUACAAUUUAACUGGUUCAGCUCCCUGGCAGCUGUAGAAUGUGCUCUCCUAGCAGUGAUGUCUUAUGAUCGGUACUUAGCAAUAUGUAAACCUCUGCACUAUGCAAUGCAGAUGAAUGGCAGCUUGUGCCUCCAGAUGGCAUCUUUGUCUUGGAUUAGUGGCUUCCUGGCUAGUACUGUCACGACAUCUUUGUUAGCACAGUUCACUUUCUGCGGACCAAAUGAAAUUAAUCAUUUCUUCUGUGAUUUCACCCCUUUGAUCAAACUCUCCUGCAGUGACACCAGCUGGAUGGAACUCGUGACCUUCAUACUUUCCUCCAUCUUCACCCUUCCCGCAUUCCUAUUAACUGUGACAUCCUACAUUUCUAUUAUUGCCUCCAUCCUGAGAAUCCCUUCCACCAUGGGGAGGCAAAAGGCCUUUUCCACCUGCUCCUCUCACCUCAUUGUGGUGACAAUUUUCUAUGGGACCCUAAUGAUUGUCUACAUGCUACCAGAUAGUGCUACAGUGGAAAACCUGAACAAAAUGUUCUCUGUCUUCUACACAGUCCUGACUCCCAUGGUCAACCCCCUCAUCUACAGCCUGAGAAACAAGGAGGUGAACAGAGCCCUGAGGAAAGCUCUUGUGAAAUAUGUGCCUUUCCCACAAAAAUCAUCUUCUAAAAUGGACUUGGUAUUGAGAGACCAAGGAUCCAAAUAUACCACCAUGUAUCAGAGACCUCAGUGUAAAUCCAAGUCCCCAUCAGAACUGGACAAAGACACCUUGCUAACCAUCAGUGGUCUGAAAGGAUAG